CAGUUACAUCGAUGUAUCGAUAGUUUUUAGCCUGGCCAACCGAACCAAUGUUUAUUGUUAUAAAAUAAAUGUUAAAAAUAAACAGUUAAUCACUUAAUAUAAACAAAAACCAGUGCAAGCAUUGCUUAAACCACCCCCGCCCUCGCAACUUGCCCCAUCGCGGGCGCACAACAACAACCAGAGAACAACAACAACGCCACCAGCAGCAGCAGCAACAACAACAACAGGCAGGAGAUUCAGAUUCGCAACGCAAUCAAAAAAAAAAACGGAAAAAAAACUACAAGGCGAAACGCAUAAAUAAAUAGGGAAACAAAUAAUAGUAAUAAUAAGACUAAAAGCAAGUGGAAAAGUACGAAAGCGAAAAGAGAAAACAUAUGUACGUUGCGUGAGAGCGACGUGUGUGUGUGUGUGUGCGAGAGAGAACGACAGAGGGGGCAAAACAACAACAACAACAGCCAGCAUAAGCGAGACCUUGAAAACUUUAAAGCAGCAGAAAAACAAAAAAAAAAUAAAACCAACAAAAAAACAAAAACAAAAAGGCUGAAAAAAAUAGGAGAAAAAAGUAUAAAUAUUUUAAGAGGAAAUAUUUGUAUAUAAAAUUUUAGCCGCGGAGUGGAGCGGACACUCUGUUAUGGAGAGUGACGAUUUUCAUCUACCGCAAGGCGCCAAUUAAAGGGGAAAAUCCAUAAAGCGAGGACUGCCCGUGGGAAAACCACCACCGCCGCCCCCACCACGAAACACGCCACGACAGAAGGGUGGAAAAUCCGGCAAGCACAAUGGCAGCAGCAGAGGCGGGCAACACUGGCUCCACGGGCUCCUCGGGCUCCGCAGGCUCUGGCUCCGGAUCGGGCUCCUCCGCUGACCCGGCCAACGGCCGGGAGGCCCGCAACCUGGCCGAGAAGCAGCGACGGGACAAGCUGAACGCCAGCAUCCAGGAGCUGGCCACCAUGGUGCCGCAUGCAGCCGAGUCCUCGCGUCGCCUGGACAAGACCGCCGUCCUCAGGUUCGCCACCCAUGGCCUGAGACUGCAGUAUGUCUUUGGUAAGUCCGCCUCGCGGCGCCGGCGGAAGCCCAGCCUGAAGGGCACGGCGGGACUCGGCGCAGAUCUGGCCAAUCCCAGUCUGCAUCUCACGGACACGCUUAUGCAACUGCUGGACAGCUGCUUCCUCACCCUCACCUGCAGCGGCCAAAUCGUGCUGGUCUCCUCCAGCGUGGAGCAGCUCCUGGGCCACUGUCAGUCCGACCUGUAUGGCCAGAAUCUGCUGCAGAUCACCCAUCCCGAGGAUCAGGCCCUGCUGCGGCAACAGCUCAUACCCCGGGAUAUAGAGACCCUGUUCUACCAGCAGCAGCAGCAGGGCCACAAUCCCCAGCAGGGGCACUCCACAUCCACAUCGGCCUCGGCCUCUGGCAGUGACCUGGACGAGGAGGAAAUGGAGACGGAGGAGCAGCGUCUGCAGGAGCAGCAGCAGCAGCAGGAGGACGAGGAGGAGGAUGCGGACGUGGAGCACCCCUACAACCGACGGACGCCCAGCCCGCGGAGCAUUACCCAUUUGGCGGCCAUCGAUGAACGACUGCGUGCCGAUCGUCGCUGCUUCACUGUGCGCCUGGCCAGGGCUUCCACGCGGGCGGAGGCCACGCGGCACUACGAGAGCGUGAAGAUCGACGGCUGCUUUCGCCGCAGCGACUCCUCGCUGACCGGCGGGGCUGCUGCCAACUAUCCCAUUGUCUCCCAGCUGAUACGACGCUCCAGGAACAACAAUAUGCUGGCCGCGGCCGCAGCGGUGGCGGCAGAAGCGGCGACUGUGCCGCCCCAGCACGAUGCCAUUGCCCAGGCGGCGCUGCACGGCAUCAGUGGCAACGACAUUGUGCUCGUGGCCAUGGCCAGGGUGCUGCGCAAGGAACAGGCGCCCGAGGAGACGGAAGCACCGCUGGGCAUGACCAUCUACAGGCAGCCAGAAUCCUACCAGUUGGAGUACCGAACGAGGCACCUAAUCGACGGCAGCAUCAUCGACUGUGAUCAGCGGAUUGGCCUGGUGGCGGGCUACAUGAAAGAUGAGGUGCGCAACCUCAGCCCCUUCUGCUUCAUGCACCUGGACGACGUGCGCUGGGUGAUAGUGGCCCUUCGGCAGAUGUACGAUUGCAACAGUGACUACGGAGAGAGCUGCUACCGGCUGCUGUCCCGGAACGGUCGGUUCAUCUACCUGCAUACGAAGGGCUUUCUGGAGAUCGAUCGUGGCAGCAACAAGGUGCACUCCUUCCUGUGCGUCAACACGCUGCUGGACGAGGAGGCGGGCCGGCAGAAGGUGCAGGAGAUGAAGGAGAAGUUCUCGACCAUCAUCAAGGCCGAGAUGCCCACGCAGAGCAGCAGUCCCGAUUUGCCCGCCUCCCAGGCGCCCCAGCAGCUGGAGCGGAUUGUGCUGUAUCUGAUAGAGAACCUGCAUAAGAGUGUGGAUUCGGGCGACUCGGUUGGCGGUCAGUCCAUGGAGAGCCUGAUGGACGAUGGCUACAGCUCGCCAGCGAACACAUUGACCCUCGAGGAGCUGGCGCCAUCGCCCACGCCCACCCUGGCCCUGGUGCCGCCGGCUCCCUCGUCGGUGAAGAGCUCCAUUUCCAAGUCGGUGAGUGUGGUCAAUGUGACGGCGGCCAGAAAGUUUCAGCAGGAGCACCAGAAGCAGCGCGACCGUGACCGGGAUCGGGAGCAGCUGAGGGAGCGCAGCAAGUCCUCGCAGCCGGGCGUGAUCCGGCAGCUGAGCAGCUGCCUCAGCGAGAUGGAAGCCGCCUCCUGCACGCUCUCGCCGGCCAGCAGCUUGAGUGCCGGCGAGGCGCCCGACACGCCAGAUCCACACAGCAAUACGCCGCCGCCGCCACCGCCGCAGUCGAUCCAUGCGCGCCCCAGUGUUCUGCAUCGAACCCUGACCAGCACGCUGCGAUGACGGGCUGACGGCUCCUGGUUUGCCUUCUAAUUGGGUGUGGCAAGGGACGCCCCCAGCGGCUCACAUCGCAAGUGAAACCCAAAAUGUAUCAGAUGCUUUCAAGGCUUGGCCCAAAAAUAAUGUUUUUAGAGGGAGAGAGAGAGGAAACCUGUGUUGAUAUUCCAAACAUUUUAUUAAGCAAUUUGCUUACAGUGGCUAUUCAAAAGCCUGGUUUAAAAAGAGAAAACAGAGUUUGUAAUGCAAUAACCCUGUAAUUACAUGGGAAUUCCCGCCAGUUCUGGUUUUAGCCUCCUACCUUUCAACCCGUUUCAAAGUGCAUUCUCAAUCACGAGCUAAAAAUAUUAGUUUUCUGAUUAUUCACCUGCUUUCAUUAUGGUUUCCUCAGGAAAUUAGGGCGCAUUUACUUCGAGAUUAUGGCAGUAAUAACAAUCUGAUCACGAUGAUCGCCGGGUUGAAGUGGAAGAUACAUUUUGGGAAUCGCUGCGAAGUAGUUCGGCUAUAUGUGUGCGCCGCUGAGCGGGCGUUCCAUAAUAAUAAUCAAUCUUCGUUAUGUAAUUACGUUUAAUUUGUAAAUACGAGUGAGUGAGUGUGAGCACGAGUGCGUCCGUGUGCAUGGGUGUGUUUGAGCAGUAGAUCAGUGCUCGGCUUCGGUUUUAGUUGAAAUGUAAGCCCCAUUUCCCGCUUUUCCGCUUUCCCGGUUUCCCGGUUUCCCAGUCAUCGCCCACCGCCCCCCCGGCACACCAGUGUAAAGAGAGUACAAAAAACAAACAAUAUAUAUUUAUUUUGCCCUAAGUCUGGAACGCUAGCAACGACUCAGUAAUAGUUAAACGGAUUUCGCAAUCGAUGGCAACUAAACGCUCGAUUUUUUAUUUCUUUUGCCAUCGCCACAGUCAAACUUCUCUAAAUUGAACUGCAAAGUCUCCCGGAAAUUUGAAUUUAUUAUUUGUUAAUAUUUUUAGGCAUGCUUUAGAAAGAAAUCAAAAAUUAUACAAAUUGAUGCUAGUUUAGUAUGGAAAUUUGGAAUACCCCCAAAUUCACAGUGCAUUUUAGUUAGGAUUUUUUAGGAUUUUGUUGAAUCGAAGCGCAAACUGUUAGUGUUGGAAAACUCUUUAGUACGCAAGUACAAAUGGAAUACCAAAUCAAAAACUAGGGAAGCCAAAACUCUGAUAAAAUUUAUACUUACAAUUUAGGCAAUUUGAAUUACACUCAAGAAAUUUAUAGUUUCUCGAAAUUUGCUUAAAAUUUUGAAAGAAUUUAUAUAAGGGAAGCAUGAAUUAAAUCAAUGCACAGUGAACAAAUGAUAAAAAAACGAUUGUGUUCACUAAACUUUUGGAAAAAAUCGAAUUAUACUAAGAUUUUAACAAUUUUUUUUUUAUUAAAACCAAGUAAUAAAGGUUUGCGUAAUCAAGACCGGGUAUUAACUGAAAAUCAUUUAAAAUGAUUUAAAUUUUAAAGACCACAAUAAUAUUUAAACAUAGAGAUAACUUUUAAAAGAAUCUUGAGUCGAGGUCCCAAAUUAUUUUUAAAUUCAGAGGAGGCGGUCAAGUUCGUGCUAGCGAAGUUUACUGUAGCCCAAUACUCACAAGGCCAGAGUGACCUGUUAUCAAAGCCUUUGCCAUCGUCCUUGGCGUUGCGUUCUUAUCACCGGCCUAUCGCAGGGGAGUAGCUAUUUUUCGGGAAGUGGAGGUGGUUCUAGUGGUAAUUUUGGGGCGGCGGGUGGUUUCGGGCGGUCGUGGGGGUUCGUUAUUUUCUGUCUAUAGCAAAAUUCUGCUAGCUAUAAACGUAUGCGUACAUAUUAUUAACUCUUCGUUUAGCUCAAUUUUUUGUUUGUAUUUUUAAUUAUUACUCGGUUUGUCUAGUGUGUAGUUCAAUUAAAAGUCCAAUGCUAAUUUCCCAGCGAAUCGUUCAGUGUUUGUCCAAACGAGUUGUGCUCUUUAAACACUUUUGGUAUAUCCCUUCAUUUAUCUUUGUUUGUUUUCCUUGCGUUGUUAUUCUCCCCAAAAAGAUACGUUUUUUUUAGUAAUAUUAAUACCUAGCCUUAAGUGUAAUGUCAACUGUCAAGGUAUAAUCUACGUAAGAAUAAUACUGUGUAACGUCUUUUUAGAACUUGCUAAACUAUAGCAAUUAAAAAUAGCCCGUAAUUAACAAUAAUUAAUUAUAAUAAUCAGUAACAGUUCACGCAGAUGGAACGAUAAUAAACAAUAAAUUAUACAA